AGGAACAUGUGUAUGGGCGUGGUCAAAUGAGGAAACCAGGUAGUUUUUCUCUGCUUUACGUCUGUAAACUGCUGUGUCUCUCAGUUGCUUCAGGAACUAAGACGUGCCAGAUGACAAAGAACAAUCCUGUACUUUUAGCAGCAACAUAAAAUGGUCGAAAGCACCAGCAAAACUGGGGAAAGAAGCCUGGAUAUCCCAGAAGCAGCAUCUGAAUGUCGGUGUUCUCGACUCCGAAUUGGCUUCUUCCUACUUGUCGCCACGGUCAUGUUAGUCAUCUACUAUGUCAAUUUAACAGAAGUGGGAGAUUUUUGGUCUGAUACGUUUCAGAGGAUAUACAACACUACAUACAACAAUUCAAGAAGGGGUGCAAAAACUACCAUCAGUGCAUCUUCACUAGACUGGACAUCUGCCUUCUUUCACGUAAGUGAGAUAUCAUCUUCUGCAUUACCAGGUGAGCAGUGUACACCUGAAACUACAUACCAUGUGGCAUAUCCCUGUGUGUAUCAUUUCGUUAUAAACGAAUCAAAAAGGUGUAAGAAUGAAAAGCCCUUCUUGGUCUUGAUGGUACCUGUGGCACCAUACAACAGGGAAGCUCGCGAUGCCGUCCGAAACACCUGGGGUUCUGAGAAGAUGGUUAUGGACAAAGUCGUGAGGGUUUUCUUCAUACUUGGUCAGCCUGGACCUGAAGGGAGAGAGGAGCUAGAGCAGAAGAUCUUGCAUGAGAGCGAGGAAUACCAUGACAUCAUUCAGAGCGAUUUUAUAGACAGCUAUAAGAAUCUGACUAUCAAAACUAUGGUGAUUAUGGAAUGGUUGACAACCUACUGUCAAAACACCUCUUACGCCAUGAAGAUCGACUCAGACAUGUUCCUAAAUGUGAAUGUUUUAAUGAGUAUGCUUCUAAAUGCACCCAGGGAGAACUACAUGACAGGACUUGUUGCUAGGGGGGCUAUUGUUUUGAGAAACCCCCAAUCCAAAUGGUUUCUGCCAAAAGAUGUGUUUCCUGAAGACUUUUAUCCACCAUACGCUCUGGGAUUGGGCUACGUGCUCUCCAUGGACAUUCCAGAAAAGCUCCUUGAAGGCUCCAAGCACGUCAAACCAGUUUAUAUCGAAGACGUAUAUUUAGGAUUAUGUAUGAGGUAUAUGGGAAUACAGUACACCAGUCAGGCUGAUCAGAGCCUCUUCAACGUCUUCCCAGUUCCUUACAACCGCUGUCAUUACUCAAAACUCAUUGCUACAACAACACGUAGCUUACAGGAACAAGUUAACUCUUGGACAGACCUCAAGAAACCAGGACCACAUUGUUAACCUUGGAUUAUUUUAUAUAAGGAUUUAGGAGGAAUUGAUAUGGAUUAUCGAAUAUUAGGUGCAAUCUAAGGGUUUGUGUAAGAAAGAAAGUAAGUGAAACUCGAAAAUCAGAAUAGAGGUGAUACCUGAGGACACUUGAGUAUAUUGGUACAUGUUUAAAUAUACAGGCUGGUGAUAAAUUAAGAAUACACAGUGAUUUAGUAUAUAAAGGUUUAUAGCUAAGUCUGUAGAACUGUACUGGUGAAAGGAAUGCAACCUUUCCAAAAAAUAUAUGAUCCGUGUGUGUUUCGAUGUUUUUACUGGAGAGCACUUCUCCACAAUCUGUUACUCCAUAAUUUUUCUAUAGGUGUUUGAUUUAUUUGAGUGAAGCCCAGUGUAUAUGAUUCAUCCUGGACGAGAGCUUUGCCAUCAGGAUAGAGCUGUUUUAUCAUAGGAUAAAGGUGAACAGUCAUAAAAGCUUUGUGUUCUUUGUAAAAAAAAAUAUAUCUUAACAAGUUAAAAUAUCUUGAAUGUAGUCAAAAUGAUGUUAUUACUAAGAUUACUAAACCUUUUUUAUUCUAUUUUUUCUAAGUUUUGCUUGUUUAUAGAAAUUAUUACUUAAAAUUAGCAAAAUAAUUAUAAUAAUAAAAAAUAAAAUAAUAAUAAUAAUAAUAAUAAUAAUAAUAAUAAUAAUAAUAAUAAUAAUAAUAGAACAAUUUAGAGAAUUCUUAGAUUUAUUGUAAUCUUAGUAUAAGGAAACAUAUAUACAUUUUUACUGGAUUUAAGAUAUUUUAAUUGGCACUGUUGAUCUACAGUAACACAAAGUGGAUUAGUCAGCUCAACCCUCGCUAAGAAAAUAAGUAAAAUCCACAUCCCAACAGGGCUUUUGUUUUGUUUUGUUUUUUCAUUUCAUUUAUCACCUGUCUUUAAAUAGUUGUGUUUUUAGUUUUAUUAUUAUUAUUAUUAUUAUUAUUAUUAUUAUUAUUAUUAUUAUUAUUAUUAUUGUCGUUGUUGUUGCUAACAAAAUCCCAAACACUGUGAGUAGUGUAAAAAAGGUAGCAGAAAGGAGUAAAAGGAUUUUGCAUUUGCAAAUUGCACUAUACUCAUUUACAUUUUGUAAAAAUGAACUCGCUACACUAAAAACACAAAAAACUUAAGUGAAAGGUUAAACCUAGUGCAAUUCCAUAGUUAAGCAUAGUUGGGGUCAGAGCACAGGGUCAGCCAUGAUACAGCACCCAUAAAAAAUCAUUGAAAUACUUUUGAUUUGAUUGUAUUUGUUCAUGAACCCAUUACAUUACUGAAAAAUACAUAAUAUGUGGUAUGUAAUGUUUGAAUUAAAAUGAGCAGCACCGAACUGAGCACUUAUAAGUAUUUCAUGGUGAGGCAACACCAAAGAUGCAAUAUUUAAUUUUUUUUACCUCAUAUGUUUGAAAUGAAACGUGUAAGAAAAUGGACAUGAACAUGUAAAGUUUUCUUAUGUUUUAUUUUACAUCACCACCUGCACAUGCAAAAAAGCAAUCCUUCACUCUGGCAAACACAAAUACAUGAAAAUCCUAGACUAUGGAAUAAACUCUGGAUUUUUAAAAAAAAAAACUUGACUGGUUACCUAAAGCACUGUAAAUAAUGCAUUUUGUGGUGUAAUUUGUCGACAUCUGAUGGGACUUUAUCUAUAUUAGAUAAACCAUGUAUGAAUGACAGAAAAUCAGGGAAAUAAUUGUAAAUAAAAUAUAGGUUUUUUUAGAGACAUACGUCUUCUCAAAACUGUGCUACGUGUCAUUAAAAUUUCUUUCUUAAACAAA